AAGUCCACCUUCCGAAUGCGGAGGUCCGGGACCUGAAGGCCGACCUUCAUGUGGUCUGGCGUUCGGGGUUCUGCGCUGGAAAACAUCGAGGGCGAGCAAUUGAUGGGAGAGCUUGUCUCUCGACUCCUUCAAAGAGAACAAUUAUGCGUGGGACUGGACUGAUACGCAUAAAAAGGAUUUCUGGGACUGGGACUGGAACUGGAUGAGAUUCUCGAGGGGGAUGAGAAAAAGAGUACCAAGCCAAUCUCAUGUGGAGGCGGAGGCGGGAGAGAUAAACAACGACUACAACCACGUCGAUGUGGAGACGGGAGAAAAAUAUCCCGACAAAAACCCCGAAUGGCCUUUCGGCGUGCGUUUCUGCCUCUCCUACUUUGUCUUUCAACCGGAAAACAAGAGCCCAACGACUCAUGGAUUGACGAGGCAGAGCAAAGAAUCACCUCAUGUCCCUUCUGCCUCCUGUCCUUCGCAUUUCUAUCAAAGAAAGACAGAAGUGAAAUAUGGGACUCGGAGUGAGGAGGGAGAGAAAAAAACAGACCUCGAUGAAGCCUUCAUGAGGAGGUGGGAAAAACAUGGUGAUGCAAGCCUUCCAUGAGGAGGCGGGAGAAGAAAAGGAAAUGAAGGGGUGAUAUGUCCCUUCCUGUCUCUUGUCUUUCGGCUUUGCAUCGAAAGGAAAAAAACCUCAACCGGACAGCCCAUGGAUGGAGGAGGGAGAAUAAAAGGAAAUGGAUGAUGUGAUAUGUCCUUUCUACCACCAUUUCACUCUCCAUUCUAUGUCCUUCCCGCCUCUUGUCUUUCGGCUCUCCGCCGAAUCGAAAAAUAUGAGCAACUCGGCCAAUGAGGAGGCGCGAGAGAAAAGAUUCCUUCAAAGCUCCUUCAUGAGGAGCUGGG